UAAUAUAUAUAAUGCGCGCAUAUGCGUGAAACGGAACGCACCCUAAAUGUGUACACGCUGUUGCGUGCUGUGCACUUCGAUCUUUCUCGAUCUUUUUACAGUUAUUUCGGUACCGAAGGUUUUUCCGUGGAUGCAGUUACUUCUCCUGGUUAGACGCCGGUUUUGACGCGUCGUCGUUCUUGUCGCUAGACAAUGCUAUCGUGCUAGUACCGUGAAUGUCAAGCACGAUGAGCUUUUCUAGCGAUGAGGUCAAUUUCCUGGUCUACCGAUACCUACAGGAAUCCGGUUUUCAGCAUUCAGCGUACACCUUUGGCAUAGAAUCGCACAUAUCGCAGAGCAACAUAAAUGGGGCCUUGGUACCACCAGCAGCCCUCUUGUCGAUAAUUCAGAAGGGACUGCAAUACACAGAAGCGGAGAUAUCAAUAGGUGAAGAUGGCACCGAGCAGAGAGUGGUGGAGUCCCUGUCGCUCAUCGAUGCCGUUAUGCCAGAUGUGGUCGCUACGCGUCAAAACCAAAUCAAUCAGCAGAAGCAGCAGGUGAAGACUGAAGUACAGGACACAAACGGCGAAGAAGUUAUUACUAAUGAAGGCGUUAGUAAUAACGACCGAGGCGGCGACAGGGGAUCAGAGAUGGAAGUGGACGAGUCGGCCAACGAAGCGAAUGCUGGUAGCAACGCUAGCGCGGUGGAGAUCCCCGCGAGUAAGGCGACCAAAUUACGAGGUCACGAAUCCGAGGUAUUUAUAUGUGCCUGGAAUCCGAAGACGGAUCUUCUAGCCUCUGGCUCGGGUGAUAGUACCGCUCGCAUUUGGGACAUGUCGGACAUCUCGCACGCACCUAAUCAAUUAGUCUUACGCCACUGCAUCCAAAAGGGUGGUACUGAAGUACCGAGUAACAAAGACGUUACAUCGCUCGAUUGGAAGUGUGACGGCACGUUGCUGGCAACUGGAAGCUAUGACGGAUAUGCACGAAUCUGGACCACCGAUGGCCGUCUGGCGUCUACGUUAGGCCAGCACAAGGGCCCGAUCUUCGCUCUGAAAUGGAACAAGCGCGGCAAUUAUAUUCUGAGCGCCGGUGUCGACAAAACUACAAUUAUCUGGGACGCCGAGAGUGGACAAUGCACGCAGCAAUUCAGCUUCCACUGCGCGCCUGCAUUAGACGUUGAUUGGCAGACGAACACGUCGUUUGCUAGUUGUUCGACGGAUCAAUGCAUACAUGUAUGCAAACUGAACGUGGACAAGCCUAUCAAAAGCUUUCAAGGACACACGAAUGAAGUCAAUGCGAUCAAGUGGGAUCCACUGGGAAAUCUACUGGCCAGUUGCUCGGACGAUAUGAGUCUAAAGAUCUGGUCGAUGAAGCAGGACACGUGGGUUCACGAUCUGCAGGCUCACAACAAGGAGAUCUACACGAUCAAGUGGUCGCCAACGGGACCAGGCACCCACAAUCCGAACAUGAAUUUAACAUUAGCCAGCGCAUCGUUCGAUUCUACUGUCAGAUUAUGGGACGUGGAGAGAGGUGUAUGUAUUCAUACACUCACGAAACAUACCGAACCAGUUUACAGCGUCGCAUUCAGUCCCGAUGGCAAGUUUCUCGCUAGCGGAAGCUUCGACAAAUGCGUUCACAUAUGGUCUACACAAAGUGGACAACUGGUGCAUAGCUAUAAGGGCACUGGCGGUAUUUUCGAGGUUUGUUGGAACAGUCGUGGGGACAAAGUCGGCGCCUCGGCAUCCGAUGGCAGCGUCUUCGUUCUCGAUCUACGUAAACUAUGAUCACGCUCGUGCUGUAGAGCGUACAUCUCAAUAACUCAACAGUUUUACUAUGAUUCUCAACUGCCCGAGAUUUCAUCGAUCCUUCAAAAACAGUCCCUUUCAUUUUUAUGUUACAUCGGAUGAUUCACGAAUGCGAAAGUUUUCACGAAUGAUUACUUUUUUUUUGACAUACGAAUGACAGAAUUAGUUUCUAAUGCUCGUGUUGUCAUCUUUAUUGUUGCAAGAUGAUUUUGCUACGAUGAAAUUUUAAAAAUUAAAAAUUAAAUUAAAAACAGACUUCAUUUUGUAAGGUAUAAGAGAGAUACUUGAGAUAUUUAAUAUAAAUAUAGCAAGGAAUCCCUGAUGUUCAAUUUUGAUUUUGGAUUACCUAAUAUAGCUAUUCAAGUUAUUUUGAGUAUUCUUGGGCAUGCUCAUGCACAAUUUCAUAAUAGAUGCAUUUCGAAGGUAUGUAUGCAUACGUAUAUAUACACACACACAUACGUAUAUUAUAUGCAUCUUCAUGAUAUAAAAUCUUUUUUAAGUUAUUAAUUUUUUAAAUUUUUGAUGCAUUAGAAAGAAAGAUGUGCUGGAAAAUGUUUUAAUUACGAGCGAAUUUUGAUUUAAGACUGGAGACCCCCUUUGUUCGUCAUUCCCUUGAUAUCUUCUUAAGAAUAUUCGACAAAGGAAAGAGGAAGUGUACAUUAAUAAUAUUUUUAACCGUGAUACAUACUCUGUACAGCUAUAACAAUCGACAGACAUAUUUACAGAGAAAUGAAUCGAUAUCUUUAUUUACUUGAAGCGAUUAAUGAAUAUUAUUCCAGUCGUAUGUGUAGUAAUAGUGUAUUAAGUAUUAAGAGUGGAUUACGUCAAUAAUAAAGAAAAGAUAAAUUUUUUUAAA